CCACUGCAGAGACUGCACUGCGGUCCCUCUUCCAGCCCGAGGCCGUCGGGGGCCCCUCGGGGGACAGUCUCAGUUUUGUGCCGUUAUUUAAAGAAUUCUCUCCACGUUUUUGUAUCAGGAGGCACCAUCGGCACUUCCUCCUCCCUCACCCCCCAGUGCCAAGAAGGUGGACCAGCCUGCCUUUCCUUACUGGUGCCCCCUCCUCCCCAGCCAUGGCGCCUGGACCUGGCGAGGAUGCUGCCAGCUGAGCGGACUGAUAACCAUAAGAGUUUGUACAUAGUGUAUAUUGCUCUAACCAGCCGCACACCUCGUCUUGCUCUGGCUUUUGCCUCCUUAAUGCCAACCUGCUGCAAUGGACCCUCCUUGCUCCCCUCCCUGUCCCAUUUAACCCUCAGCAGCUUCCCGAGGAGAGAGCAUCAUAUUCUAGCUGCAUCUUUGGCCAACCUACGCUGGUGAAGUGGGCUCUGUGUUGCUCAUUCUCUUCUAUAGGCUGUUGACUUCUGUCCCCAGCACACAGGGUCUUGGCCUUUUCAGGGCUGUGCAGGCUGUCUUCCUUCCCCAUUCUCCUCUGGGAACUGGGGAACACAGCCUCAAGGUAGGUCCCCAGCCCUGUGGUUCCACAGAAGUGUCAGCCCUGCCCUCUGGCCAACAGAUUUCCUGUCCUGCCUUCUAGAUGCCUCUGAGCUGCAAACCCAGAGUAGCCGUGGCUUCUAAUUUAUACGAACAUGUUUCAGUUCCAACAGAAAGGUAGGGGUCUGUUUGUGCAGAGAUGGGGCUUACAGGGGGUAUAGGAGCAUUAUUUUAACAGAUAAAGAAAAUGAAGCCAAAUUAAAUGAAUUAAGUUCUUCACAAUUAUUUUCUUUCCCUUAGGUUUGAUGGCACAGCAGUAAAAGUUGUGGCCACCCCUCUUUGGGUCCAGUGUUUUUAGAAAAAGUGAAAGGCUUCCUGUCAUGGUGGAGCUGGGCUCUUGGCUAUGUCUUGGUGGGAAUGGAGAAAGGGCCUCCCACUAGAGUUCAAGGGUCUAUAAUGCAGCACUAGGCACCUUUGCACCUGGGAUGUGGGUACCAGGGGCUGCAGGGCUGUGGGGAUGACACCCUGCACUGGGAUGGCAAGCAGCCUUGGACCACUGACAGAAGCAUUGUAGUGCAAAGAUGGCAGGAGGAUUUCUUAGCAGUGGAAAGGAAUGCCUGGGGGCCUGGGAGAAGCUAGUUUUGAUCUACUUCAGCCCCUGGAGGAGAAACCAGGGUCAUCUGCACUUGAUUACUGCUCCCUAAGCCUGGACACUUCAUUCCCCUUUCCCCUGAAAGGAUCAAGUAACCUGGGAAGAAUUUAUUUCAACACCAUAAUGUGUUUUAUCAGAUUUCCUUUCCUAGGCGAUUUCUAGGCAAAGCCCUGAUUGGACAAUCACAUCAUAGAUCACACUGCAGAUUUUCCAUGUUAACACUGUGGGUGGGUUUUUAAUCAAUAAAAAACUGGGAGUUUCUUCUCACCUGUCUCUCCACUUGCCCAAACUGCCAAAGCUGGUGGAUCUGUGUGGCAGGUCUUCACUUUGGAGCCACAGUAUGGGCCUGGGAGCUUGGUGGGCCUGGGAGCUUGGUGGGCCUGGGAAGUGGGGGGCUGUGGCACGGGAGGGGGUGGGGCAGGGCUGGAAGGGGGCAGAAGCAGGAGCUUCGUCCUCAGGACUGUUCCUGGCAAAUGGUGGGCCUUGUGGGGAUGUUCAGUGCUGGGGGCUCCUAUACUGGUGAGUGGGGGGCACACUUGCCUCUGAGCACUCAGGUGAAGCCAGUGAGGGCAUGCUUGCAAAUUCUAGCAAUAAGUGGGGUGUCCUGGGAGCAUCCAGCCCAGGCUAGAAGCCCUCAUGGUUUCUGGCAGCUGGACAUGCAGCCCCAGGUGCUGGGGUGAUUUUGGCAAUGAUGGUGUGCCUGUCCCACUGAGUGUUAAAAGCAUGAAUGGGGGGUUGGGUGGGGGUGGGGGACACGGGGCUGAACCGAUGUCCUAGUGAACCUGAUGUGAAAUUUCUGUCAAAACUUUUCAAUGGUUUGCUAGGGUUAUUUCUGUAUUGAAAGUUUCUAAUUAUGCUUUUUAAAAAAAAUACUAAAAAUAAAGGUUCAAGCUGCCAAAUUUU